UUCCCCUGGCCAUUUUCUCCACGCGACGCGUCCCAACCCAUUCUGCCCCUCCGUAAUUUUUAAUAUCUGGUUGGACCUCGCAGUGACCGCCUUUCCCUCCCAACAUCGCCCAAAAACCCGUUUGUUGGUAUUGCCGCAGUUUUCCCCCUCUUCACAAUGGCGACUCCGAGUGAUGCUGGCUUUCCCAUGUCCGACGCCCCUUCCAGGGCUGCCACUACCCCUAGGCAGAGACAAUUCGCCAGAGGUUCUUCAGCACGUCCGCGAGGACCGCCGUCUGAGAGUCUGGCAGCACCCAGCGACGACGAGGCCGACGGCUUCGCAGAUGACCAGGUCCCUGGCCGCACAAGAAGACGGGAUCCCGGUAGCGUCCCGCGGGUGGAGGAUAGGAUUGGUAUCACCGUCCAAGAGCACUUUGAGACCUUCAUCGAAGAGUUUAUCGAAGACCCGUUGUCCUCCGGUGCGCCGACAUCGAGCGCCGUAACCACCGACAAGUUCUACGUCGCUCAAAUCCACGGCAUGCGUAUCUACCAGCUAUCCACCUUCUACGUAAACUACAGCCACGUCGCCAGCUACCAGAAUGGCGGCCUAGCCAAUGCCAUCAACACCCAAUACUACCGAUUUCUACCCUUCCUCACCAAUGCCUUACACAACAUGAUUGCCAAGUACGAACCGCAGUACUUCCGCGAGCAUCGUCAAGCCACGGCUUCCAGCAACCAGACCACGUCGGGCGCGAGCAACGUCGGCUCGGCCAGCCAAUCGGAGCUCCAGGGGAGCAAGACGGCUAACCAGCAGACAGACAAGCUGUUCGCCAUUGCCUUUUACAACCUACCUCUCGUCUCCCGCAUUCGUAGCCUGCGGGCCAGGAACGUCGGCCAGCUUCUCUCUAUAUCCGGAACCGUGACUCGCACGUCGGAAGUGCGGCCCGAGCUGUCGCUGGGGACCUUCAUCUGCGAGAACUGCCGUUCGGUCAUACCAAACGUCGAGCAGACGUUCCGAUAUACGGAGCCGACACAGUGUCCUAACGCAGAGUGCGGAAACCGUCUCGCGUGGCAGCUCGACAUUCGGCAGAGCACCUUUGUCGACUGGCAGAAGGUCCGCAUCCAAGAGAACAGCUCGGAAAUCCCCACCGGCAGCAUGCCACGGACGAUGGACGUCAUCCUACGGGGCGAGAUGGUUGACCGGGCCAAGGCCGGCGAGAAAUGCAUAUUCACGGGCGCCCUGAUCGUGGUGCCGGACGUGAGCCAGCUGGGCCUUCCCGGAGUCAGGCCGGUAGCGAUCCGAGACGACCGAGAUGCGACGCGCAACAACGAUGUCGGCGGUAGUGGAGUUUCCGGCCUCAAGUCUCUCGGCGUACGUGAUCUCACCUACCGACUCGCUUUCCUCGCCAACAUGGUCACCCCCGACACGUCCGGGCAGGGCCAAUCUGCCUCGCGACAGGCCCGCGACAUCAUCAAUUCUCUCACCCAAACCUCGACUGACUCGGGCGAAAGUGUCGAAGAGGCUCAAACGGCGGUCCUAAACUCGAUGACGCCCAGCGAGAUCGACGAGCUCCGUGAGAUGGUCCACAGCGACCACAUCUACCAUCGUCUCGUCCAGUCGCUCGCGCCUACGGUAUAUGGCCACGAGAUAGUCAAGAAGGGUCUGCUCCUGCAGCUGAUGUCCGGCGUGCACAAAACGACGGCCGAAGGUAUGGCGCUCCGAGGCGACAUCAACAUCUGCAUCGUGGGCGAUCCGUCAACCUCGAAGUCGCAGUUCCUCAAGUACGUCUGCUCGUUCGCGCCCCGCGCCGUCUACACGUCGGGCAAGGCGUCGUCGGCGGCCGGUCUCACAGCGGCGGUGAUGAAGGACGAGGAGACGGGCGAGUUCACGAUCGAGGCGGGCGCGCUCAUGCUGGCGGACAACGGCAUCUGCUGCAUCGACGAGUUCGACAAGAUGGACAUCGCGGACCAGGUGGCGAUCCACGAGGCGAUGGAGCAGCAGACCAUCUCGAUCGCCAAGGCGGGCAUCCAGGCGACGCUCAACGCGCGCACGUCGAUCCUCGCGGCGGCGAACCCGGUCGGCGGCCGGUACAACCGCAAGACGACGCUGCGCGCCAACAUCAACAUGUCGGCGCCCAUCAUGUCGCGCUUCGACCUCUUCUUCGUCGUGCUCGACGAGUGCAACGAGGCCGUCGACCGCCACCUCGCCGAGCACAUCGUCGGCAUCCACGCGCUGCGCGACGCCGCCAUCGAGCCCGAGUUCGGCACCGAGCGGCUCCAGCGCUACAUCCGGUUCGCGCGCACGUUCCGGCCCGAGUUCGCGCCCGAGGCGCGCGAGCGCCUCGUCGCCAAGUACAAGGAGCUGCGCGCCGACGACGCCCAGGGCGGCGUCGGCCGCCACUCGUACCGCAUCACCGUGCGCCAGCUCGAGAGCCUGAUCCGGCUCUCCGAGGCCAUCGCCAAGGCCAACUGCGUCGAGGAGAUCACGCCCGACUUCGUCGACGAGGCGUCCAACCUGCUGCGGCAGAGCAUCAUCUCGGUCGAGCACGACGACGUCGAGAUGUACGACGACGACGACGACGGGGACGGCGCCGGCGCCGCCAACGGCGAAGACGUGCCGCCCGAAGACGACUCCGCCGCGCUCCUGGCCGCCGCGGACGCGGCCGCGGGGGUGACUAGCCACGACGAGGACGGCGACGCGGCGAUGGGCGAGGGCGACGCGGGGGCGGAGGCGGGCCGGGCUAGCGAGCAGCCUUCCACCGCGGACGCGGCGCCGGCGCGGAAGAAGACGGCCAUCACGUACGACAAGUACGUGGCGAUGGUGAACCUGAUCGUGUCGCGGGUGAACGAGGACGAGGCGUCGGGGGCGGGCGAGGGCGUCGACGGCGAGGCGCUCGCGCAGUGGUACCUCGAGCAGAUAGAGAACGAGCUCGAGGGCGAGGAGGACUACCACCGCGAGCUGGGCAUCGCGAAGAUGGUGCUGCGGAAGAUGGUCAAGGACAACAUCCUCAUGGCGGUGCGCGGCGAGGGGCUCGCCGAAGAGGACGCCGAGGCGCAGGCGACGGCGGCAGCGGCCGGCGACGGAGACCCCGCGCCCUCGCAGCGGGUCGUGUACGUGCUGCACCCCAACUGCGCGGUCGAGGAGUUCUAAGCGCGCCGGGUCCGCCUGUCGGCGCGGGCCCGCGCGGCGCUGCGAAAAGAGCCGGUACGCGCGCGGGAGGCAGCGCGUCACACGGCGGCGGCGGCGGCGGCGGCGGCGGCGGCGGCGGGAAUGCGAGGCGGAGGCGCAGC